AUGAAGCCGAUGUUGAUUUCUACUCCAUACUUCUGUUUCAUUUCAGUACCACUACGUGCGAGUUCGACUGAUAUUCAUCCGAAUGCAAAAUGGUCAAAAAAUGGCCUCACUGUUGCUGGAGGAUACGGAUGGGGCAGUGGAAUCAAUCAACUCUCUUAUCCAGGCGGUUUAUACGUCGAUGAUGAUCAAACGAUUUAUGUCGCUGAUUAUGCGAAUCAUCGCAUUGUGGAAUGGAAAUCUGGUGCAAUGAAUGGUCGAGUGGUUGCCGGUGGAAAUGAAUAUGGAAAUGGAGCUCAUCAGUUAAGCUGCCCAGAAGAUGUGAUUGUCGAUAAAGAGAGAGAUAGUCUUAUUAUCAGCGAUUACGGGAAUAAAAGAGUAGUUCGAUGGCCUCGUCGAAACUUUACUAAUGGAAAAACAAUUAUCUCGAACAUUGAUUGUGCGGGUUUGACAAUGGACGAGAAUGGAUCUCUUUAUGUCGUUGACGAAGGAAAACAUGAAGUGAGGCGAUAUCAAAUUGAUGACACUAAAGGAACAGUAGUUGCAGGUAGCAAUGGAAAAGGACAUGGUCUGGAUCAGCUCUCUAACCCCUGCUACGUAUUUGUCGAUCGAAGUCAUUCAGUGUAUGUGUCUGAUUGGGGAAAUCAUCGUGUAAUGAAAUGGGAAGAAGGUGCAAAAGAAGGCAUUAUUGUAGCCGGUGGUCAAGGACAAGGGGAUGGUCUUACACAAUUAGACAAUCCUAUGGGAGUCGUUGUCGAUCAAUUGGGCACUGUCUAUGUAGCUGAUUUGGGGAACAACCGAAUCAUGCGUUGGCCCAAAGGAACCACAGAGGGAAGUGUAAUUGCCAGUGGAAACAGUGAAGGAGCACAGUCGAAUAAACUCAUUUGUCCCAUUGGUUUAUCAUUCGAUGGGCAUGGCAAUCUCUAUGUCGUCGGUUACUACGAUCACCGGGUACAAAAAUUUACUAUCGAAUGA